AUGGAAGAUGCAAUGCAGUUGAUCCUGAUUGCUGUAGCAGUCCUCGCUCUCGUCGAUGGAGUCAUUGGUACUUCCAACUCCACCGACUCCACCAAUUCAACGUCUCUCAUCGAUCCGAUCAACAGAUUCUGCCAGCGAGUAUAUCAUCAGUCCGUUUUGAAAAACGACGCACUUUAUAUCGAUGGCGGUUUGGAGGUCUUUGCAGAGAACAGUGGAGGAGCGCAGAAAUCGAACCCGAUCAUUGGGUACAAUGAGUACUUGAUCGCAAUCGCGAUGAAUGAGACCUGGGAUUGGAAAGUGAACCUUUCAGUGACAGCGCUCGAUAAAACGGCCGAUGUCAGCACGGGAACGUACCCCCCAAACAAUCUUCGUGGUGCCUUAUUCGCUGGUGCCGAGAACGACCCAAAUAUUUAUCUCUACGGAGGUACUGUGUCAUGGGCCAACCGUAGCGCGCCCGGUUUCCAAUGGCCAACCGCUCCAACAUAUUCCCUAUGGUCGUAUGGGUCCUCUACAGAGGCGUGGAAACAAUACGAUGUAUCCCUGGAGGUACCAGACAAACCGGCUGGAGGAGCCUGGACACAAGCACCAGAUAAAGGGCUUGCCUUUUACCUGAAUGGUUUCAUUGACAAUGGAACAAACAGCAAUUAUGCGCAUUUUUCGAAUUUUCGAAGAUAUCUUGAUGGUAUGAUUGUGCUCAAUACCACAUCGCAAAUCGCCACCAAUCUCUCCACAUCUUCGCUGGACAAUUACCCUCGGGCUAUGGGUGGCCUGGCCUACGUGCCAAAUGUCGGCUCCGAAGGCGUGCUGGUAUCAAUGGGUGGAGUAACGAAACCAUCAAGCAACAGCGAACUGUCGGAUUUGGGGACAUACGUAUCCUUUGACAGUGUCGACUUUCUCGAUGUCGCAUCAAUUGACAAUGGCGCUUCGAAUGGAACCUGGUAUACACAGGCUACGACAGGCUCCGUCCCCGCCGCACGAACCGACUUUUGUUUGGUGGUAGCCUCAGCACCGGACAACUCAAGCCACAGCAUAUACAUGUAUGGCGGCCGAGACAAGGAUCAAGUCUAUGAUCAGACCUAUGUGCUCACGAUCCCGUCAUUCACGUGGAUCAAACUGCUCGAAGGAAUCUCGCCUCGCUAUGGACACACCUGUCACCUCGUCGCCAAUUCGCAAAUGUUGACUGUGGGAGGGAUUCGAUAUGAUUCCAUAACAAAGGGAUGUGACUGGGAAACGAAAAGUGUGGCGAUACUUAACCUAAACAAUACCCAAUGGGGGCAAGUAUACGACCCAGAUGCAGGCGAAUAUACACUUCCCUCCCAGAUCUACAAUGUCAUUGGCGGCGGGCAACCUCGAAGAUCGACAGGUUCAGCCAGCAUGGCAAAACCGUCGGACGGGUUCAGUAACGAAGCAGUCGCAACCUUCUUCAAACAACCUAGUGCCGUCGCGAGAAAUACGACCAGCGCGACCAAUGUGACCAGUGAAUCAGGUAGCAAUCACCUCACUGGCGGCCAAAUCGCCGGCGUGGUUGUAGGAUCCUGCGUGGGUGUUGCUUUCAUCAUCGCGGGCCUGGUGUUACUUGUUAUUCACCGGAAGAGAAAGCAGAAAGGGUUAUCAUCAUCGACCGAGGGCCAAGAAGAGGAAACCGAUAUUCACGAAGCUCCGGAAGAGUUCGUGCCUCACAGGUUUGCCUGGGCACGAUUGCGCAACCCCAGGCGAAGGACGGAGUUGCCGGGGGCUAGCCAAGUUGAGUUAUCUGCCGAGUCUCCGACCGUGAGUCAUGAACUGGACUCCAGUGUCAGCAGCCCAGGUGCGAGCUUCGGGUCUCAUAUCACGAGUAUCAAUACUCAGCUUGCGGAGCUGCCUGGGACAAUGUCCGAAGAGAAAAAAGAGUAA